UCGACGGCAAUAUGAAGACUGAUUAAAAACACAAAGGUAAGCCUUUUUUAAUGUAAAAUGCCCCAUGAGUUUAAUACUAUAUGAAAUUAUAGGUGCACAGGUCUAUAUUAAACAGGUUUAAUUUAUGCUUUAUGGACUGUUAGUUAGUCUUUGAAGAAGUAAAACUGCCUCAGCGUUUGUCAUUGAGUAAAUAAAAUAGGGCUGACGACUAACCGUGUCAACGCGAUAAAGCGGGCUAACCCGUGUUAGGAUUUACUCGGUGUUAAAGCAUUAUUGUGGCUUAAAGGUGUUAAUGCCGACAUCGCGACUAACGCGAUUAACAAUUAAACCAGCGCAGUCUGAGUCAAAAUCCCUGAUGUCGCUGUCAGCUAAUUUCGGGCAGUUUGUCCAAUGUCUGUCCAUUCUGCUGACAGCCCUAAAAUAAAAGCAAGGGGUAUAAGUGUAUUUAGUCGUGUAUUUAUUUAUAUGCCUGAAGAAAAAACUAAGCUUUCUCAGUACUUGUAUCACUGUCUGCAGUCGCCGUUACAGAAAUGUCACAUGUCGCCAUUUUGAGAACUAGGCCUUUAACAUUUUAAAAGAAGGCAUAAAUUAGGACUAUGAAUAAGUCAGCUGUGUUUAUGCUGUAAACUACACUACUGCUAGUUCUACUACUACUGAUGAUGAUGACAAUGAUGACGAUAAUCGUAAUACUUUAUAUGCUUUGGUAAUACAGGCAAUCAAAACGUACAGGAGAACAUGCGAAGGAGACGCAUUCCUCCACGGGAGGAUGCAGUCUGUCAUGUUUCUGCUGGAAGGGACAAACUGGGACUUGAUAUCCACUACAUAAAUGCCUUCAAAGGUCGGGGCAUUUUCACGACUGUUCCAUUCCAAAAAGGAGACUUCCUUCUGGAAUACAAAGGUAAACUCAUAACAAAAGAAGAAUGUGAGCGGAGACACAGCGUUUAUCAUGACAGCCUGAAGGUGUUCAUGUUUGAAUUUAAGUUUGAUGGAAAACUCUGGUGUGUGGAUGCAUCUCAAGAAGAUGGGUCAUUAGGCAGACUUGUCAACGACAACCACAUCAGUCCAAGUGCUAAAAUGAAAAUAUUAAAUAUCAAUGGAAAGCCCCAUCUAUGCUUAUUUGCAAGCAGAGACAUAAGUCCAGGCGAAGAAAUAGACUAUAAUUAUGGUGACUCGGAUUGGCCCUGGAGAUGCAAGACUGAGACCAGCCAGAUUCAGAAGACUGUGAGCUGCCUAAAGCCGCAACCAAACAGCAUUCCAAACAAUGAUCUGGACCUGAAACAUCCAGAGCCUGAUAGGGUAAAUAUAAUCCAGUGUACCACUUAAUGAACUAAUAAUUUAAUCUAUCAUCAUUCUUUAUGGAUGCUGUGUGUGUGUGUGUUUGGCAGUCACCUGGGUGUGAUGUGAUUUACAUGGACCGUGGCUUGUAGGUCCUUUUCAUUGUUUCAAAGUGCAAGUCUGGAUAACAUCUGAGUGUGUGUGUGUUAACCACCCAAAUGUGACUUAGGAGGACCACACUGUUAUUGGGGGACUCCGUCAAAGCUUCAUGGUGACAUCACUCUGGUUUUAGGAGGGGUCUUCUCUUAUUUUUUGACAGUUUGACCUACAGCAUGCAGAACUGACUGCAUGUGCUUUGUUUCUAUGUUGAAAUGGUUUGAAACUCAGGCUUGAACAUUAAGAUAGAUAGUACUAUACAACUUCUUAACUUGUUUUAGGCACUUUUUACUGCUGUAGUGCAUGGGUUCUCUCUGGCUGUGUACUCUGGCUUCUUCCCACAGUCCAAAGAUGUAGCUUAUGGGGUUAGGUUAACUGGUGAUUCAAAACUGCCCUUUGGUGUGAAUGCAAAUGCUUGUCCUUCCAUGUUAGACUGGUGAUCUGUCCAGGUUGUACUGCCCUAUGGUAGCUGGUAUAGGCCCCAAACCUGCUACCCCACAAUCCUGAUAAGGAUAAGUGGAAGAGGAUGGAUGAUUGCAAAGGAAUCAGUUGUUCAUUGGAGUGAGAGGCUGUCGCAGGGUAUCACAUUGACAGACUCUACCACACUCACACCUAUGGGCAGUUUAGAAUUACCAGUCCAGCAAACCCCACUAACUGCAUGUCUUUGGGCCGAAGCUGUAGUUGCCAGAUACAACUCGGGUGAGAGGCAUUGUACACCUAUCAUAUUUGGAAUAGGUUCCAGCCGCAAGGAUAAGCAAAUAAGGAAGGAUUGUUUUUUUAUUGUUUUUUUUUUUUUUACUCUGACCCACUCCACACUGAUAAGAAUGCAUGUGCCGUUUUUAAGAAGCUGCAGUGUUUUAACUCAAUUUGCUAUUCUAGAUAACAACAAAGUGAAAGAAUCAAUUCCCCUAAUCCCAGUAAAAUGGUUCCAGUAGAAAAAAGUGAAGAGGUCGAUUGCGUUCAAAUUUUAUACUGGGAUGAAGUGUAUUAGUUGAUAUCUGCAACUGAACUGAAAACACCUCACCUUUCCAACUGUCCAAAACAAAUAAAUGUUGCAAUAUUUUGCUAACAGUGUCACAAUCAUCGUCUGGUGUGCACAACAAUAUCAUCUUUGGACAAAUGCAUUCAGUGUGUGGGACCGGUUUCCUCCCUCAAGUGGCUUGGCUAUAAGUGCAAAGUUUGUUUGGGGGUCUGGCACAAAUCCUGCCUUGCAAAAUUGGCAAAUCAGAAUUGUCACCAGUCAACACAG